AAUUGUAUUUAACGCCACGCCUACAAUUAAACUUAUACAUUCCUUAUCAAACCUCACAUUUCUGAUCAUGACCAAUAAGGAAAUAUACAUGUUCUGCAAGGAUCAUCAAGAUUCCAGGAUGUAG